UGUAGAUGUUGCGUCUGAGGAGCCACCUCUUAAAAAUGAAGAUGUAACGUUUUACCAAGAACAUAUAAUUCAUCCACUGGAAAAUGAAGAUGAUAACGUAUUGGAUUUAGCUCAGCAACAUUCCCCAUUUGAGGCUUAUAGGAGAAGACCGAAUCCCUCCACCUUCUUUGCUGCAGCCAAACUUUCAGCUAUGAUAAAUGGAAGUGAUGAAGUGUAUGCAAACCGCAUGGUGGUGGGUCAGAUGGAAGAUGCUGGUGUCAAGUAUAUUAACAACAGCCAGACUACUUCUGAAACUAACACAGCUUCAAAUAAAGAUCCAGAGGUGUUGGAAAAUAUUCCAAGCAACAGAAAUCUAUCAACACUUAUGAUACCUGGCUUGGAUGCAGCCGGUUCUUACAUGCCACUAAAGAAGACACAUGCUCUUAGUAAUCUACGAAAUCAUCGUUAUCCCUUUAUUAAAAAACGAAGUUCCAGUCUUGAUGACUUGGAUGUUGACAAUGGAGAUGAAAGAAUGUCUAACCGAUCUUCUUCAGUGUCCUACAACUCUUCUGCGGUCUUGCCUAACAAUAGUGGUAGGUUAAGUGCUUCAGAGACCACCAGUGGACUGGACGGUAGCAUGAGCAGAGCUGAAUCUCUUCCUUUAUCCAGCAGUUUACAGUCCAAGGAAUCUCUACUUUCGGGAAUUCGUUCUCGUUCAUAUUCUUAUACUUCACCCAAAGUCUUAUUAGGGAAACCACAAUGUGCCCGGGAAUUUAUACAAUGUGAUUCAAAUGAUGAAUCACAUGCAUUCAGCUUGCAUGAACAGUCAGAAAAAAGGAUUCAAGAAGAAGAAUGGGAUAAGUACAUUAUACCAACAAAAUCAGAAUCUGAAAAAUAUAAAGUUAGCCGAACAUUCAGUUUUCUAAUGAAUAGAAUGGCCAGUACAAGAAAUAAAUCUAAGGCAAAAAGCAAAGAUGCCAAAGAAAAAGAGAAAGUUAACAGACAUCAGUUUGUUUCUGGAUCUUAUGCUGGGGUAAUGCCUUGUUUCACAUGCGAGAAACCACUUUUGGGGAAAGAAUCAUUGCAGUGUUCUUAUUGCAGUGCAAUUGUGCAUAAAAGUUGUAAGGACUGUGCUCCUGCAUGUACAAAAAAAUUGCAAGAUAGAAGCCAUGUUAAGAACAAGACACAAACUGCCCAGACAA